UAUGCCAAACUCAAAAAAGAAAAGAUCUGUUACCAGUUUUGGAGAAUUUUUAAAAGAUAAAAGACAAAGCCUUAAGGACGGAGGAAUGUCCGAAGAGGAAGUUAUACAAAUCCUGCUAUCUGAAUUUAAGAAGCUAUCAGAAGAAGAAAAAGAAAAGUAUGAAGAACGGGCGAAGGAGUCACGUAGAAUUCUGCAACAGCGUCAACGAAACAAACGAGAGGCAGAAUUUCAAAAGAGGAGAGACCCAUUUGAAGUAAUCCAAGAAACUUUCGUGCAAGAUAUAACAGAUAUGGGAGAUAAAUUCACCUCUAAAACUGAUGUUAUGAUGACAAAAUUCUAUUUAAUUAAUUUCCAAAUUCUCUGUCACAUGGAGGAAGCCCACGAAUCACAUCAAACAGGACAUAUACCUCUGGAAAUUGGCUUACUAGAAUUUACUUUGAAAGACGGAAUUACUAAUCAAUAUCAUCAAUUCGUCAAAUUGGAGGAUAUACCUUAUGGAAUUAGUUCAUAUGCACUGGCACAUAGUGAAAUUCACAAAAUACCGAUUCUCCCAUGUAAAUUUGGAACCAGCAAUUACGAAAAAAUUACUGAGAAAAUUAUGAACAUGGUCCAAUCUAAAGAUAUGAUAUUUACUCUGGCUUCAAACGAAUUUUGGGAUUUCAGAAGCGUUCAAAAUUCGCUCAAUUGGAUUUUUCAGCAAGUGAAUCAGGAAAACCUGGGUAACCUAAAAGAAUUGGCUCGACUCUUUCAAUUUCUAAUAACCUUUGCUGAACCUCAUUUAAAACCUUCAGUUCAGGAUUGUAUUUUUAAAUUGUCUGAUAGUAAAUACGAAUACAAGCCGGAUACUUAUUGUUACUAUCAUUGUGAAAUAGAUACAAUUCACUGUGCACUCGGAUCAGUUCGCCGUUGGGCCUACUCUCUAUUUGAAACAUUAUGCCCUCUGUAUGGUUGCGAAAUAACCAAGAAUCAUAUAUUAAUUGCCUAA